UGCAGAUCGAUGAAGUGAAAAAUGUAAUACUAAAGUGUUUGAAGUCAAAUUCGUAUGAAGUAAGGAAAGAAGUUUUGUCACAGCUUGGAAAUAUGAUAUCAGAAAUAAGAGAAGGCAGUGGAUCAGAGAAAUUUGCUGAGUCAUCUAGUAUCACUGAGAGUAGUAAAGUGUUGCCGGUGAAAAUAAUCCCUCAGUUGUUGGGUAUGCUGGUCACAGAAAGUCAUGAAGAAUGUAAAAUAGAAAUUCUAGGUUUGUUGGAGAAGAGUUUAGGACACUAUGAUAUAUCAGAUAAUAAAAUGUUGACAUUGAUGCAAUCUGUACAGGUGAUAAUGAACCAAUUACAGCUACAAACAUGCAGUGACAAGUUAACAGCAGCUGCAAUAACAUUUACUGGAAUGGCAAUAAAUCAGCUCUCUAGAAUGUUUACUAAUGGACCUAAUAAUCAAUCUACAGCAAGUCUAUUGCCGGUAGAGCAAGAGCAUGAAGAAAAACACCAUGUUUCUUUUGCAACACUUGUUGUGUUGUUUGUUGAUAUUAUAAGAGGUUAUACAGAGCAGAUGGAAACUAGUUGUGACAUACUUCUAGCAUGUGCCAAGGCUUUGCUGCAGAAUGUGGCUAUUUUACUGGGAACUGAUGCUCAAACCUGUCUAAAAAGUACAGGUAAAUUUCCAGUUUCUUCUUUUCAACUUAAAGUUUUUGAGUAUGAGGAAGAUUUUGUUGAUAGAGGAGAAAUGAAUACAUUACUGGGAUGA